AAUUCGGCCAAAAUAUAAAUGGCCACAUUAACUUAAAGUUCCUAAAGUUAAAUCUAUGGAAACCUUUUGAUAGUUUUCUGAACUCCGUAAAUAACCUUCCAAACAUCUGGAAAACUUCAUAAUACAUUUAAAUUAAGCAAUCUGAACGCCGACGAAUAAAUUCUUGUUCUUUUUCAUUAAAAAGUAUUAUUAUGUAUUUUCCUGACUUUUUCUGAUUGGUUUAUAUUUUCUUAGAGUGAUUACGUCAAAUAUUUCUGUUCCUAAAGAAAUAAUAUCACUCACGCUUAUUAUUAGUUUUUCUUAAGUUUAAACUUGGUCGAGAUUAAUGCUCUCUCUCUCUCACCAUUAACACAUUUUUUGUAAAACACGACCCCCAAACUAAAAUGAUAUCGCUGCAGGAGGGAGUGAAACAUAAAAUCUUUUAUCGUGCUGUGGAUGCAUUUACUCCGCAAGGUAUAAGAGAAAUUUUGGUAUUUCUUUUCGAAGGAAAGAAGCCGCUGAAUAGGAAAUAUGAUGUGGAGUUACAUGCUUUGUUUUGCUUGCUAUGCAGCAAUACUAUUUAAAGUAACAGCUACGAGGAAACAAACAGAACACGAUCUGUUGUUAAGUCAAGUUGCUGCGAAGAUUUCCGCUGAUGGAUUUGUGUCCGAAAAUAGCAGGAAAGCAUUAUCCUUGUUGAUGUCGGUAAAAGGGAUUGAAUGUCAUGGUGUGCAUUUUAAACAAACAGUCAGACAUGAAGAUUGUGCUACUCAGUUGAUAUCGAACAAAAUAUGCUUCGGCUCAUGCUUUUCAAAAACAAAACCAAUUAUCGUUGGUCAGAAAUUAUUUCCACCUGAGAUUAAUACUUGCAGUCCAGGACAUGUCAUUGAAAGGAAUGUGACAAUGUCCUGUCCGAACGGAAAAAACUACACAGAGGCAGUGAAACUGACGAAACGUUGCUCCUGUGAGAUUAGAGUUUAGUAAAUGGUUUUGUGAGAAUAUGUAAAAAGUGUUAUCAUGACCUGGUCACAACAUGUACGAAACAUCGUAGACCAUUGUACCUUGCAACAUGAAAAGCUGGCAUAUUUUGUAAUUUUUGUGUGUGUGUUUUUUCUUCUUAUUUUUUUCAAUAUUUUGUUUAUUUUAUUCAAAAUUGUAUAAUAUUUUAAAGUUUAAUAGCAACCAAGUAUAUCAGAA